GUGAAUGAUGUGAGAACUAUUUGGUCAAACAUUUUGAACAAAACGAAUCAACAGAAUAUUUUGAUAGCAAAUGGUCUAUACCUUAGCGAAGGCUUUCAAAUCUCGCAAAAAUUUAGGCAUUUAAUGACAAACACUUAUAACGCAAACAUCGAUUCCUUGGAUUUCACAUCAAAAGAAACGGUCAAAACAAUUAACAAUUAUAUUAGCGACAAAACAAAUGGACACAUUUCCAAAUUGGUAGACACAUUGGAUGCAAACACUAUUUUGUUACUUAUAAAUGCGGUCCAUUUUAAAGGCCAAUGGCUCACACCUUUUGAACCAAAGGAAACUAAACUAGAAUCCUUCCAAAAUUUUGGCACUCGAACUGUGCUCAUUCCCACCAUGAAGAUUGAGAAACAAAAGUAUGAUUACAUGAAUAUAUCGGAAUCUGAGUUGAAUUACGAGUUGUUAGGCAUUCCAUAUUUCGAUAAGUUAUUGGAUUUUUAUAUUCUUUUGCCAAAAACUGGUGAUAAGAAGGAUAUGAAAAAAAUACUGGAAAAAGUGUCAAUCGAUUCAUUAAACAAACAAAUAAAAUCAGCGAAACAACAAGAGUGCGACCUAUGGUUACCUAAAUUCAAGACUGACUCGAGUUUUGCAUUGAAACAAGAAUUGCAAGAAUUAGGUCUAAAGCGAACAUUCACUUCAAAUGCCGACUUCUUCACAAUCAAUGGAAACAAAGGGGUCUAUGUAUCUGAGGUUAGAACUUACAACAUAUCACUACUCAAUGAUUGUGUAAACAUUACAAUCAUAUCAUUUCAGUUCAUUCAUAAAUCAGUGAUCGAAGUGAGCGAAGAGGGCACCGAAGCCUCGGCCGCCACAGGGGCUGAACUCAUGCNG